AUUGUCAAACUACAUAAACAAGCAGUUUUGUCAUGCAUGAAAGAAACAAACCUGUGGAAUGCUUCUUUUCACACCAUAGGUAACACAUCUCAGAACGAUAGUCUCUAAUGUGUCUUCAGGGCAACAGAAAAGAGUCUGUAAUAAGUGUCACAAAUUGAAAAUAUCAGAAUGGGAUAAAUUGCUCACAGAACGAUGGUCGGGCACAUUAGUCUUUCUUUGACGCGAUGAUUGGAUGACUUUCCGGUCUCCUGAAUAGGGAAUCUUGGGGUCGGAUAUGGAUAUUUGGAUGAUGAAACCAUUUGAUCCAGUAUUUUGUCUGUCUAUGAGCACUCCGCUUUGUCUGGUUGAUUAUAAAUAGGCCGUGGUUGAGCUUGAGGUCUGGAAUGCUUUCUCCUUCAGGUCACUCAUUCAUACAAUCGACCACCCAACUUCCAUUCAUUCUCAGCAUUAGGGUCAAAAGCAAUUAGAUCUUUACAGGGAUCUGGAUUAUCGUACAAGAUGUUGUCCAAAACCGUCAUUACCGCCCUCUUGGUGACUGCUGCAGUUGCUCUGCCAGCCAACACUGCUCCCCGGUCCCUUACGGAAAGCGAUUCUAACACAAUGGCCAAGUCCUAUGUCCCCGAGGCUGGGGCUGAUGGCCAAGGUGACGCUACCCCCGAAAAGGGUUUCUAUCCCUAUCACCAUCAUCCACCAGGAGCGGCUGAUAGUGAAGCCGAUGCUCUUGAAAAGCGUUUCUAUAUCUAUCAUCAUCAUCCACCAGGCGCGGCUGACGGUGAACAAGCUGCUGAUCUGGAUAAGCGCGACCCUAAUACUCUUGUCAAGUUCUACAUUCCCGAAACGUCGGCUGGCAAGGAGUAAAGUGGUGCCGACAUGGCACAACACCUUAGUUUCUAGUUGGCGGAUUAAGCAUAGGUUGUUGCUUGAUGAGAUGUGUCUAUUUUGAUUGUAUUUCAUGCAAAUUGCUUUUUGAUGUUAUAUUGGAGAGUGUGAGUUAAAUUCAUUUGGAAACUGCUAAGAUUUGUGAGUAGUUGAAUAGCUUUGUUGAAUUGAUAACUGGCUAGACAGUUC